AGUAUCAUACCUGUCCUGUCACUGUCAGCUGUCUGUCCCUGAGAGCUUAAUGAGUAGAGAAUAAAUUGUUUUUAAUUUUUACUAAAUGGAGCCACGAAAAUAAAAAAUAGUUUUUUAUAGUGUAUAUAUUGUUCUGAGUUGGAUAUUAGUAAAGUAUACAAAUCUGUGAAGCAAACCGCACAAUGGUUGGAACUGCAAUGCUUCUCAAUAUUUUACACUGCAGGCAGCUUUGCCACAAAUCAAGUUCUCAAAAAUCGAAUAGGAAAAAGAAUCGAAAAUUAUCCCAAAAUGAAAGGGUUUCUGUGUUCGUAAAGUCAGAAAACCAAGAUUCUCAACAAAAGAUUUGUAGAGUUUGUUUAAAGGAAGGCAGUAUAUCAAUUUACGGAAACGACUUUGGCAAUCAGGAAGAUGUGUCAGAAGCCUUUAUUACAUUCGGAGGUAUAACCAUACAGAGUGACGACCCAUAUCCGAAAUUCUUGUGCAAAUCCUGCAAUUCAUUACUACUAGGGGCAAUAUUAUUUCGUAAAACAGCACAACAAUCCGAAACAAUUUUGAAGCAACAAGAAAAUUAUGAAGAAACAGCUAAUAAUGAUGAUGAUGAAGAACCAUCUUCCAGUUACGUGGACAAUGACGACUUAAUAACAUUAGAUAAACUGGUAAAGGACCAAGAAGAAAGAAGCUACCAUUGUGGAAAAUGUGAUUUGGAAUUUCAAUCAUUUUCAGAAUUUUGUGAACACCGGGCAUCUCCUGAACAUGAAGAGGUGAGACGUACAUGUCCGAUAUGCAAGAAAUCAUAUGCAGCACUUUAUUUGAAAAAUCAUUUAGCAUUACAUAAACAAGAGACAUCGUACAUGUGUGACAUUUGUGGCAAAAAGUUUAUUAUAAAAGGCCAGUUUACAAGGCAUAGAGUAACACACUUUGUAGAUAAUCUACCAUUUAAAUGUUCUCUUUGCCCUUACAAGGGUAGAUUUUCCGAGUCACUUAAAAUGCAUAUGAAAUCUCAUACCGGGGAGAAGUCAUAUCAAUGUUCGCAAUGCGCGCACCGUUUUGUCAAUAAAAGCAACUUGAGUCGACACAUGUUGACACAUAAAGGGAAGCAUGACUAUAUCUGCGCAUCAUGUGGUAGAGGCUUUUAUACCAAACGGGAUUUAGAAUUACACUUGAAAGUGGAUCAUGCUGGGAUAAAGGAACAUGUUUGUAAUAUCUGUGGCAAAGCAUUUGGUUACAGGAAGCAGAUGAUGAAGCAUCAGCUGAAAGUCCACAAACGACAGAAGCUGAGGAGCGGACGGAUGCCCUUGUAUUUACUUGCGGAAAGUAAACAACAUAGUGAGGAAUCUGUGUAGACUAAUACAAUUAUAUGAUACAUUAUAUAUUGUAGGAAACUAUGAUUCUAAUAAAGGCCAUUGUAUCAUCA